AUGUCGGAGGCAAACACAUCCUUCCCCCUUCUCAAGCAGCUCGUCAUGCAGAAGUGGAAGCCUGAGCGAAGUUAUGAGAAGGUUGGAGUCAGGGAUGAGGAGUCACCUGAUGGAUUCUCACGGGAAGAUAAGGGCCAGAGUGUUUCUCGGGGGACUAGGACCCGAUCUCUGAUCUUGGGAAUUGUUGUUACUGGGUUGACGGCGGUGUGCAUCGUCGGCAUCAUCUGGUGGCCAGCCCGGAUUCAAGACCAAGCAAUCCAAAUGGCAGCAUACGACCACUCCCACGACGACCACUCCGUUCACCCAGCACAUGGCGGCUCGGACUCGCAUCUCUUCGAGCACCUGGGCCCAUCCAGCAGCUCUGAGCACUCCUCUCAUCCAGAGUCAGAUGAUAACGACAACGUGGCCACCUGUGGAAGCACCCUUGAGGAAGCUCAGGCAUUGAGUUGCCAUUGGGAUUUGCUGGCAGCAGCCUGGCUGCCGCCUGCGUGCAUCGAUCAGGAGCUCACCGAGGACUUCCGAGCCCAGGGGCCGUGGAGGUAUUUUGCAGACAGAGAGGGAACACAAGAGCUGGUCGAGGAGGAGUUGCAGUACCGCGUCGGAAAGGGCAACGAGUAUUAUACGUCGCUCAGGUACCACAAGACGCACUGCUCUUACCAGUGGCGCAAGAUGCAUCGGGCGAUGGAGAGGGGUACCAAGAUCGAGAACAAGCUGGCUGACUACCACCACACGAUGCACUGUGGUUACGUUCAGAUGCAGCAAGGAGAUAUGGAUGACUUGUUGACGAAGAUCACGGUUGAGCUCAUGACCUGCUAA